UCAUUCUAACCUCAGCCAGCUAGAGUUAUCCAAGAACCUGCUGAAAUUGGAUAAUUUAGGAACGUUAGUAAAACUAUUUGAAUUCUUUUUUCUUUUUUUUAUAGCUUAAUUCAUCCAGAAGCACUGAUUUAUCACUCGCAGCACUGUAAUCAUCUCUAUUCGAAGAUUGACGUUUUCCCACUUCAUUUACCAUUUUUUCUUCAAGAAUCGUUCUUUAAAGAUAAAUUUAUUCAUAGUCGUCUUCUCGAAAAGAAUUACUACUAAAGGCUGUUGAAUUUGGUAAUAUUGAAGCUCUACACUGAAUCAUUACGUUGCGAUAACCGUUUACUUCCUGGCAGCUGUAGUUUACUAAUUCUCAAAUACCUACUUGGUCGGGGUUUUCGUUGUUCCUUCGUUACCAAAAAAAAGAAUUGUGUCUUUAAACUCUAGUUGAAUCCGAGGACACUAAUCAAUCGAUCCUUUUGUUGACAAUCGAAUUACAUCCUAAAUGACGUUAAAAACUUCUGUCAGAAAAUAUCUAUUCAUCUCCUGCUUGAUUGUUGGUACGGUCACUAUUUGUACCUCAGAGGUCCUUGGAACUCCUCUUGUUUUGAUCAACAAAACGCUAUACAACAAGUAUAUAUCUUUCACGAAAAGUUUCGCUGGUAUUCUGUUUGUUUUCCUCGUUCAGUCUUUUAGCCCUACUCCAGUGACCCUGACAUAUGACCCUGAGCUACGCAACCUUUUUUAUCUCGAUCGAAAUGGUUGUUUAGAAACAAUAGCCUCCGAGCGCAAUAUUGUGAUAGCAAACCAUCAACUUUAUACGGAUUGGAUGUACAUUUGGUGGUUAGCAUACACUGCAAAACAGCAUAGCUUUAUUUAUAUCGUCUUGAAAGAUUCUUUAAAAUGGAUCCCUAUUCUGGGUUGGGGUAUGCAGUUGUACAGAUUUAUUUUCCUUUCCCGAAAAUGGGAUAGGGAUGCUGCUACAAUGGAACGUGAAUUUAGGUUUAUUAACAACGUUCCUGAACCCGCCAGCUUAUUGAUGUUUCCAGAAGGAACUAACCUGGUUCAAAAUACCUAUGAACGUAGUAAGCUUUAUGCUGAUAAAACAGGUGUUGCCAUGCCCAAGAAUCUAAUGCUUCCUCGUGUUCGGGGCUUGUUUUACAGUCUCAGUCAAUUACGAGGUUCUAUGACUUACUUAUAUGAUUUCACAUUCGUUUUUACCGAUCAUUCUCCUAAGAAAUAUGCUGCAGAGGUAUUUUCUCUUAAGCAGUUAUUCUUCGAAGGUGCUCGCCUUCGUCGCAUGCAUGUCCAUGUUCGUCGAUUUCGUAUCUCCGACAUCCCUACGGAUGAAAAACUUUUUACUAAAUGGCUAUACCAACGGUGGUAUGAAAAAGAUCAACUUAUAGAAGAUUUCAAACAUACUGGAGGUUUCCCUGGCCCUAGAAAACUGAAUACCACUGUUCGCCUCAAAUCGCGUCUCGAAAUUCUGUAUCUUUUCUCAAUUCUGUUCACGUGUUUUGCCGUGUGCUUCCUCAUUUCUUUGUUUCUUUAGAUCGACAUUGUUAUAGACUGAGCGUACCAUGAGCAUUUCAUAGCGCUUACAAUUGUUAAAUUAAUGUAGGCAAUUGCGUUUCUUCAAGUGUUGUGCUCAUUUUACUUGUUUGCGUCACCAUGUCUUGUAUUUGUUUUUGUUGCUUUUGUUAUGUUUAAUUUUAGUAGCCUUGCUAAAAAAAAUCUGCUUCGGUCUUUUUCAAGAAAUAGAAAUGAAACGGUCAUUCGCGAAAUUUUUAUUUACUAACUAUUAUUUUUCUUUUUAAAUAAAAGUAACUUAAUCUUACAUGCUCAAUCUACAUAACCACUAUAUUAUGCUAUAGUUGGCCCGUAAGUAAUUUCUUUUUACUACUGCAUAAAGGGUGAAAAUCGAACCAGGGCCAUAAAUCCCUAAAAUACUCAAAAAUUAAGU